AUGGAUUGUUCCGAUUUAGGGGGAUCUAGAAAGAUCACCUUCGAUGUCAAGAGUGCUGAAGGCUCUGGACUUCAAUUCCCAAUUGGGAGGGCGUCGUUGAAAGACCCAGAACGACUUGAUCGGGAGAAUAACUUUUUGUUUCACGAAAAGAGCCUCAGCAAGAAACAUGCGGUCUUGUGCAUCAAGCGCUUGUUCCCCGCAGCGAAAGAUCCAUAUGUACCACUUUUAGAUCAAUUCCGCAUCUCAGUACAAGAUCUGGGGUCAACCCAUGGCUUAGUGGAUCUGCAAUCUCAGGACUCAGACACCAAAAUAAUCGAUUUGAGAAACGGAGAAAGGUUUGGCCUCAUCAAACUCUACCAGCCAAUUGCGGCAGGUCAAUCACGCGGCGCAAAGCUCAAGUUUCAAGUGUUCUUAAAAACCAACGAGGAGCAUCCGGAUUCUGGAACUUUGGACUUGAUAUUGAGUAAUGUGACCUACGACGAUAGUCCCUUUGUGAGCAGGCCUACAACUAUGGGGGCCAAAGAAAUUUCAAGCUCUUCUUCUUCCUCGGAGUUGAAUUUUAGCGAGGAUUUCGACUUAGAGCUAGAGAAUUACGAACGUUGUGAUAGUAGAGAGGACGAAUGCAGCAAUAAUGAACGAAGAAUGGUAGUGGGUAACGAUGAAGCAGAAGGAGAGGAAGAAGAAGAUGACGAUGAAGAUGAUGCUGAUGAUGACGCAAUGGAAGAGUUGUGUCAUACGGAGCGCCCCCAAAACUUAUUAUUUGUGGCUGAUGAAGAAUUAGGUGUUGAUAGGGAGCCUUCAGGUGUUGCUAUUACCAUACUUGAUUCUCCUAUCAAAAAUACGACACCUUCGCCUGAUACUGAAGCUCAGGCUUCACGUGAGACGACACCUCAAUGCUAUGAUUGCGCCACUGCUGUUGACGUGCCAGAUGAAGACGAGUUUGAUGCUGUAACUGACGAUUCCGCUUGUGAAACAAGAAAGAAAAGAUGCUUAGACGUCGAGGAUGACGAGAUUGUGGUGAUUGAGGAAGUCAAAAAGAUCAAGCUUUCCACAGGUUCGCCCGAAGAGACUCAACCUUUACCAGUUGAUACAAAGAAGAUCAUUGUUGGAAGUAUGUUAGGUUUUGUAGCCGGAUCUGUCGGCACUUUGGGCCUCUUAGUAGGAAUUGCAAAUAUGGGAUAA